AUGGAUUACAAUUAUACAGUAAAGAAGUAUUUGGCGGAUUUAAAUAGCGAAUAUUCCACCGAAGAGCUGAGCAGCUAUUCAGCCGGAACAAAUGAUAGCCGUAGCGGUCCAUCUUAUGCAAGCGAACGAAGUACAGAAAAUAGUGAACGAUUAAUUCCCACAAGGCAACAACUUAAGCUUACAUCACAGGUGUAUUAUUCCAUUAUUCUAAGUUAA